UGCCAAGCUGGAACCGGCUUCACCUUUGACGUCCAGUUGGGUGUGUCUGUGGAUACUAUUUUAAGCUUUGCUUGCAAACAGCGUCUCAGAGAUAACUGAGAGUAGCGGAGCUGUACUAACUACAGCUAUUCAGACUGUACAGAAAUGGAUACCAAAUCUUCAGGACCAGCUCCCGUCGGCACAGCGCCUGAAAAUAUUCCUUCAGGAGUGGAUGUUUUCAGAACCAUACCGUAUGCCUUGAUUCUGCCAGAGCUGGUAAGUCAAACGACUUCCUUUAAUUAUAGUUAUUUGAUUCCAUAUAGUAUAAUGCAGUUCAUGUAUGCUCCUUGUAGCAUUUAUGCAUGGCCGGGAGUUUUGGCUUCUGGCAUGGGCAUGAAAUAUGCAGAUUGAUACACACACACACACACACACACACGUGUACAUAGAUAAUCCACAAAAGGAAAUCCAUUGCACAUCAAAAGGUCUCCACACAUCUCACUUACUGGAUCAGAGAAUGCAAGCUUAAAGCUGCUGUGCAUCUGAAUUUGCACCAGCGUGCCAAUCUGAUUGCUAUCCAUCUGCAUCACUGUUGCUUUCAAUGGGCCCUGAAAUUAUUUUAAAAUAUUUUUGGAGCACCUAUUCCGAUUAUUCCAAGGAUAUUGAUGUUGCAAUCUGUUGGGAUAAAACCUGGAUGGCAAAGAUCCCAAGAAUUGGGGCUUUUGAAAAGGACAGGCACUCAAAAGAUGGGAUCCCUAAGGGAGGAUGCAGGAAACUCACAACUCCCUGGAAAGUAUGCAGGUCAGGUGCAGUGGAAGAAGUCAGGCUGGAGAGAGCCAGUUUAGAUCAGUGAUCUCCCACCAACUGUGAACGUAGCACCUUGCCUGUAUGUCUCUUGUCCUAUUUGUCAGAAAGGAGCUCAAGAGGUACAGCAGUACAGAAAAUGAAACCAGGAUUAGUUUAGUAGUAUUGCUCACUUGCCCUAUGUGAGACAGAGAGCAACAGAACGGAGUCAUUUUGAGCAAGAGAAGAGAACAAUGGUGUUUUGAAAGUGUGAGGCAGCUUUAACUCAGACCAUCAGUCCUUCGAACUCAGUACUGCAUUCUCUGCCUGGCAGCAGCUCUUGUGGGCCCUGGGAAGAGGCAUUUGUUAUCCCCUACAACAUGGCCCCUUUACGUGGCAAAGCCAGGGUUUGGAGGGCAUCGCUUUUGACUCUCCAUAGUUAUCUUGUUCCAAAAAUGCAAAGAGAUUCCCAGUUGAUUGACCAUGUUGAUGAAACACCAACUGACCAUGCUAGACUCUUAAAAGAAGCAAUCAACCUCAGAAAGCAAAGCUAAUUGAGCAGCCAUCCACAAUGCUGUUUGAUGCUCAGUUUGACUCUCAGGGACUCGGGAGCAAACCAGUCCUCUCUAGUCCCUAUUCAUCUCCUUGAGGCUGAUUGCUGUGAGGACAUGUUCUGCUCCUGAAAGGUUCUGUCUGACCAGUUAUCUUACAAAUAAACUUGGAGUGAAUAGCAUAAUGAUUAGAUACAUUUUAGGCUUGGCUGAGCUGCAUAUGGUACCAAGGGGUUGAACCAGGAGUAUUCACAAGUUAGACACCAGCGUUUUUUUAAGCUUAACUAAUGUGGUUUGCAGUUAAUCGGACAAGGUUGGGGUUUUGGCCAUUUACCUGGGACCUUGGUUUGAGUGUCAAUUACUCAGUUUGGGAGGGGGGUGGCAGAAAACAUGGAGUUUGUAGCACAAAACUAGCACAAAACUUUGGCACCUGUCUGGAGUCCAUUGGAAAAGGUUGGUUUUUUUGGCAUUAAAAUUGUGACCCUGUGUCAAUUACUCGGUUUGAGGUCUGGCACGAAAUGUGGGGAUUCGUGGCACAAAAUGGCACAAAACUAGUGCUAAACUUUGGCAUCAGGCUGCAGGGGAAUCCAGAAUUUUGGGGUCACACGGUAAUGAAGCUGUUGAUUUAUACAGGUGAGAGGAGCAGGCAGAUUUAAGUAACUGGAACUUUGGGGACAGAGUUCUGCUAGCUGACAUGCAAAGCAGAGAGGUCCAAAAUCAGCUGCACUAACCAUCCCCAAACAUAUUCUUACACACAUUUAUCUGGAGGUUCAUCUAUUGAUUCCAAGAGUUUCCUUUCAAGUCCGCAUACUUUGGGUAUGAGCCCAUGAUACGGAAAACGUGGCAGAGAAACUCAAGAGCUUCAGCCCAUUUGCGUUCCCCGUGAGCUUUAUGACGUGUGGACUUUAAUGCUGUCGGACUUUGCCUCUGAUAAGUGAAGGACCUCUUGAGCGAAGGUUGCCUUCGUCACAAAUCCAGCAAAUUACAAUAAAUGCCCCAAUGGCGCUGAUGACAAAGACUUCGCAAGAAGAAAUCUCUGCGCUCUGAAAUGGAAAGCCAGCGCUCCUGUGAUAUGACUGACACACCUUACUUACCUAAUGGUUAUGGAAUGCCCAUUAAGGAGUGUGCCAAGCAAUGCAUUUUCAGUUAAAAGGAUGACAUUGAGGUGGGGGCAGAUCAGAGGAACAGCGGCUGCUAACAUAGGGUUACCAGACGUCCCUGGAUUUGCAAAUCUGUCCCCGGACAAAUUCCAUCCCUGGAAUGUCCCCAAAUUUGCAAAUCUGUCCCCGGGAAAUGUGGCAGCGGCAACCUCAGCAGCCCGGAGCCAGCCUGGUAGUGCAGUUGGCUCUGGCUGGCUUCAGGAGCUGCUCGCUGCCAUGGCACCUGCCAUUUUUCCUCGCCGGAAGUCCCCAUAUGAUGUGUCUUGUGCGCAUAGGAUGUGUCUUGUGCAAUCUCCUGCCCCCUUCCCCCUUUGUUUUGACUGAUCAGGGAGGCUUGGGAGUUGUGGGCGGGCUGCCGUUGCCCAGUUUUUUAAAAACUCUGUGCAUUUGUGUUUCACAGGGUGUGAAAGAAGGGCUUUGCACCUUUAUGCAGUAUGCAUGUAUACUUGGGCCCAGGGUCUUUUGCCUCACCAUCCCCACUACUGACUCCCUGUUGCUACUCAGCUUCAAAAAAAGAAAAAGGAAAAAAGUGUCCCCGGAUUCAUUGAAAAAAAUCUGGUAACCAUAUGCUAACAGGCAUGGGGGAAAGUGGCAAAGCCUUGGAGCUUUCUUUUCUUCCACAAACCUUUUUAUACUCUGCGAAAUGGGCAGUGUUCAUAUCAGAACUGUUUGUGUGCACCACAAAAAGUUUUGGCUUCUUUGUUUGGAAGAUUGGGCAGAUUAAUGGAUCCAAAUGGCAAAGGUCUAUCAGAUGAGGAACACAGAAAGCUGACCUACUGUGGGGCCCUUCAGACAGCGGUUUUGUUGCAGGUGUCUACCUACUGCAACAUGCUAUUGAUAUAAUAAAUAUAUAUAUAUUUUUUUAUUUAUACCCCACCCUUCCUGGUUCAGAAAACCGGGCUCAGAGCGGCUAACAACAAAUUUAAAACACUUAAUUGAUGAAACAAAAAACAGCAUAAAAUACAGUAUAAAAUGUGAAUAACAAUAAAUUCAGCAUUCAAAAAUCAAUUUGGGGGGAAAUCCAUUAGAUGAUAACCAGGGCUAGCUGGCUAAAUUAGUCCUAUCCGGGCCAGUGAGGAGACCGGGGGAGAAUUAGCUGUGGGAUCCCAGAGUGGGUAAUCUUCAUAAAAAGAGGAGGGGAAGGGAAGGAAGGAAGGGGAAUAAAAGAUCAGGCUAAGUUCAAAUUGAAAGCCAGGCAGAAUAGCUCUGUCUUACAGGCACUGAGGAAGGAAGUUAAAUCCUGCAGGGCCCUGGUCUCAUGGGACAGAACAUUCCACCAGGUUGGAGCCAUCACUGAGAAGGCCCUGGCCCUGGUGGAGGAUAAUCUGACUUCCUUAGGGCCUGGGACCUCUAAACUAUGAUUAUUCAUGCACCUUAAGGUCCCCUGCGGUGCAUACCAGGAGAGGCAGUCCCGUAAAUACGAGGGCCCUAAGCCACAAAGGGCUUUAAAGGUCAAAACCAGCACCUUAAACCUGACCCGAUACUCCAUUGGGAGCCAGUGCAACUGGUAAUGAAAUGGUCAUGCAUUUCAUUUAUAUGGAUUUAUAUGGGACUUGUCCACACAUCAUUUUGCUUUAUUAGAUGUUCUGCGGUGCUUCCCCAGUGCUAGUGCAUCUGGCGGGGCUCUCUUGCAAUAUAGUGCAAUAAAAGCAGGACAAAACAAACAAACAAUAACCACCUCCAGAACAUCUGUGGUGCAGUUGACUUGCAAUGCACACAUAUCUAACUUGCACAAAUUCAGCCUUACGUGUUUGGCCUAAAAUAAUAAAGAGGGAACAAGUGUCCAGGGAAACAAAUGUUAGCAAUGCCACCCACUAUUGCACUCACCUGGGGAGAGAGUUCAGAGGUGCAGGGAGUGUGUCCCGCAGCCUUUGGGGGCUUUCAUGCCUUGCUUGAGAGCUUCUCAGAGGCAUCUCUUUGCCUUUUUAAGGAAAUAGGUUGGAUUAGACGGGCCUUUGGCCUCUCUGUUAUGUUCUUAUGAACAGUAAUAGAAUGUGGUGGGUGCAACUGAGGAAGUUAAAUCCAACCGAGUCCCACUGAAAAGCAUUCCUCUUGUGCAGUUUCUUGUAAACAUAAGUGGAGCUUGUGCAAGGAGGAUCUGCAAUAGCUUAUGCCUUUACUUACAAAAGUGUAUCUCUCUGUAUAUUUUUCAUUUCAUGCAGACCACAGUGGGCUUACAGGACUUUUCUCAAAGAAAGAUCCUAAAUUUUGCAAACAAAAUAACGUUCUAGGUAAAGAUGCUUAAAAAAAUUGUAUACAACCCUGCUACAGGAUCGAAGCAGAGAGCUUCUGACUUUAAUCUCAUGGGCUUAGAUAAUAAUUAGGAUUCUGCCAGUGGAAACAUCCUCUGAGCGGAAUGUUACCUGCUGGAUGCUCACACCAGUAGAGGCAAAGUCCACCAAUUCCCCCUUUCCUCUGUAGCCUAUUGAUCCUCCCCGACUAAAAUGUGUUUGGGAGGUUUUGGGGACCGUCCUGAGCAGUAUUUUGAAACGGAAGGCCUGAUUUCACUUCUGCGUGACCCACCCUUGAGAACCUGUCUGGUUGCUUCUCAACAAGGGUGGGUCUGUGCCUCUCUUGAAAGCGAUCCUUCCUCAUCAGCCCUCAGUGGGGAGUGUAGGUCUGAGUAAGCAGAAGCUAAGAGAUACCUGUUAGUGGAUAUGAAAAGCUCAAUGCCAGAUUCCCCCCAACCCCACCCCUUGUUGUCACUGAAAUGGUAGCUCUGGCUCAGGGUAGGUCUCUGGGAACACCUUUGUGAAAUAUGUGCAUAUUUAUAGCGGCUGCUCAAGUAGGUAUGCAGGAACUGACAUCCUAAGAGAAUUGUGAGGCUAGGUUCUUCUUGAAGAAUUAAUGAUCCAGAAAACUCAUUGCCUGUUCAUAAUGAAAUGUUUGCACAAAUCAUAUGAAGUAUGUCCUAUAGAUAAACACAGGUUCUUUUUGUUUUUGUUUUAAUUUUCUCUCUGUGCCAAUAUCUGUCUCCUGAAUUAGGCUUCACAGGUGUACAUAUUUUACCUGUACAUUUUGCCCCACACAGUAAAUAGCAUCUUUUUCUUUCUUUUUUAUGGGGGAUUAAAUUGUCCUUCUCCAUUGCCGUGGUCCCAAUCCAACACCACAACACCACCACAUGGCUGCUAUUAGUUUUUAAAAACUGCGGGGGUUGUAUCUCUGGAUUUGCAGCACCAUGAUCUAUUUGGGUGGUUGUUGCCAACCCAAUCAGAACACUGGAAUCUACUAAGACAGGUCAUUGGUCCAUUUUGCUCAGUAAAUUGUCUAUGUUGAUUUAUAGUAGCUCUCCAAAGUUUUGGACAGGGAUCUUUUUCGUCCCAUUCUAGAAAUGUCAGAGAUUAAACUCACAGAAUCAUAGCCCAUUCCCUAUGGAACUGAGGGUAUAAGAUGCCUGAUCUAUCCUGUGUAUAAACACCCUACUCCAGUCCAGAGUUUCUGUGCGUGCUGUGAAGUUCACACUUAGCUCCUAUGCUUGCAGAUGUUCCCACUCACUUCAUUUACAGUGUAAGAUGUCCAUACCCAAAUAGUUCAUGGAAUCUUUGCUAUUCGGCAUUAAGCAUGGUGCAACACAGUCAUGGUCUAUGCCGUUAAGCUAUUCGAACGGAUGAUUAGAAUACCGGGUUUGCAUCCUACUCCUUUUAUCAGCCAUUCUCUGAUAUAGCAGAGCGGCUGGCUGGCUGCAGGUAGCUUCCUGCCAAUGUAAGGAAUGUGGGAAAGGAGAAAAGUAAUCAAUCUUCUGAAGAGAAUCUAGGAUGGGUGCAGAAAGAUGUGACGAGAGAGAGAGGGGAGAGCGAGAGAGAGAGAGAGCGAGAGAGAGAGAUCUUACAGCACAUCCUUCAGCCAUGAGGUGAAGCCACCUUCCUCCUGGCUUUCAAACAGAGAUGAGACAGAUCUUGGUCCUGGCUUGGUGGUCAGUCUUGCCCCUUCCACAUGCUUCAGGAAGGCUGCCCACCAUUAUUAUUUUUUUUUAAAUGAUUUUUUAAUACAGUUGUAUCUCGGGUUACAGACGCUUCAGGUUACAGACGCUUCAGGUUACAGACUCCGCUAACCUAGAAAUAGUACCUCAGGUUAAGAACUUUGCUUCAGGAUGAGAACAGAAAUUGCGCGCCUGUGGCGUGGCAGCAGCAGGAGGCCCCAUUAGCUAAAGUGGUACCUCAGGUUAAGAACAGUUUCAGGUUAAGAACGGACCUCCAGAACGAAUUAAGUUCUUAACCCAAGGUACCACUGUAAAAGAAGGCUGAAUGUUAAAGAAUUUAUCCAUCUGUCCAUUGCAUUAUUUCUUUAUUUGUCUAAUGAAACUUUUUGAAGUGCAAAGCCUUAGUGGAAAGUGGAAUGGUUUGUUGGUGACAUUAUAGGGACAUCGUUCAUCAGUCCUGUACAGGUCUUCUGUUGCAGAUCUACAGAUCACACAGAACACCCUCGCAAAGUCAAUUCUGGAGAGGAAUAGGUACAACAGUGCAACCCUAUGCAUGUCCACUCAGAAGUUGGUUGCGUUGUGUUCAGUGGGACUUAACGCCCAAGCAAAGGUGCCUAGGACUGCAGCUUUAAACUUGCCAGAGGGAGGCCCCAUUCCAGAGCAGCUCCAAUGCUCUAUAAAUGUUAUAUGUUUCUUCACCUACAGAGAAGUAAACAGUAGCUUUAUUCACAAAGCAAAAUAAAUAAAACGUCUUAACUCAAAGCCAUGUUUGUGCCAAUUUGCACGGAGAAUUCCCCUAAUGCAGGCAUCCCCAAAUUCGGCCCUCCAGAUGUUUUGGGACUACAACUCGCACCAUCCCUAGCUAACAGGACCAGUAGUCAGGGAUGAUGGGAGUUGUAGUCCCAAAACAUCUGGAGGGCCGACUUUGCUUAUGACUGCCCUAAUGUAUUAAUACUUCUUUCAAUUACUUCUGGGUGUUUAUUAAGUUGCUAAGAGAGCCAAGAACGAAAUUUUCAGGGGGAAAGCCAUGCUCUUUUUGUGUGUGGCAGAAACGACCAAUGUCACAUGUACAACAUGGGUUGUAGUCAAUUAUUUUUUUGCUAAGAAAUUAAUAGACCCAUGUUACCUAUGUACAUUAUUUUCAGUGGGUCCCCAUACAUUUAAAACACACCCCUCCCCCAAAGAAUCUCGAGAACUGUAGUUUACCCUUCACAGAGCUACAGUUCCCAGUUAACAAACUGCAAACAAACACAUUGGCUAGUCUUUAAGGUGCUGCAGGACCCUAUGUUGCUUUAGAAUAAAGAUGUGUGGUUGUUGUUUUCGCGAUGACUUGUUUGCAAGCCUCUGUUUGUUCAUCAGCAGAAAUAGCUGCAAUGUACUCCCAAGAAUCAGGUUCAAUGACUCCUGGGUGGAGACCUUGAAAAGAGCUGAGAGAGGCAGAAAGGGAGGCUGGGUGUGGAGCCCAGGGUGAAGACAUGGUGAAAAGAAUCAGGUUCACAGAGUUUGAGGGCAUGUGUUGCCUUAGUAACAAGGCCUGAGAGAAGAGAACACCACUGCUGGGAGUUUGUAGUUAUGAGGCAGUCACACAGCACAGAGAUGGACGACCGGUCAGUCCAAGGCAGUUUUGUGGGGAAGGCACACUUGUCCUUUGUGAGUUGACAGUAGGUUCAGAUUAAUGAGAUCUGCUAAGAAAAUUUCAUGGACUGGCAGGAUGCAGAGGAAUGGUGGGAGGAACCAGUUUAGGAACCCCCAAGGGAAGAAGGCUCAAAUCCGGGGAGUGGUGGUGGGACAAUGAUGAGUGGGCAGAGGGGAAAAACUGGGAGGAGGUGGUGUCAGAAGCUGAGGAGGUAACAUGGUUUAGUGAGCAGGAAGAGGCUGUGGCAGAUUGAAGUCCAGAAUCGGAGGCAGAAACUGAAGCAGAAGAGGAGGGAGGCCAAAAGGCGUAGAUGAGUCUGGAUGGUAUGGGUGUCCCACUCCUGCUGUGACAGGCUCUUGUCCCCCUUGGUCUCCCAGAACCAGUGGAGGCAUGAAAAGGACAGAGGGGAGGUUAGAUUCAUGCAGGCGCAGUCUCCAAAUGCUUGGGGGGAAAUCCUGAAGAGGAAGGCACUUAGGCAGCUCUGGGGAGGCGGGGACUUUCAGUCUCAGCAACUGCUUCAUGGAGGCAAGACUUGCCAGAGAUAAGUUGCCGUGCUCAUUAGGUCUGUACAGAUCAUAUUUUUGCUAAUCAAGAGUUAACUCCAACCUGCACAUUGUGAUUUACUGCUGGCUCGCUCCUGGCAGUGCUUAACAGUGCAAGGCUCUGCUCUUGGCAAAAUUGCCAGGCAAUUGCCCGAAAAGCUAAGGAUAUAUCCAGCCAGCUCUGAUCUGAAUAGUUGGGUGGGUGCACCACUCCUUGUCUCAAACGUGAAGGACUCUUCAGCCCAGUUGCAACCCAGAGAGCUUGCACAACACUUUUAACCACUGGAAGAUCUUUCUCUUCCCUUCCAACCGAAACUGGGCAAAUCAGUCCAUUUUGCUUCCUCUCAGUUUCUUUCUUCUUCUUCUCAGUCCUCGGUUGUCCAUAUCAGCUUGUGAUUUUUUUAAAAAGUCCUUGUGAAGAUUCAUCGGCAUUUUGGUGCAAAAAUUCUCCCAAUCUGCACAUUUUUGCAUGCAGUUUUGCCCAAAACACAUUUUUGCAAAGCAAUAUAUCCCUAGUAUAAUGCCUUUUCACGGAUGUGUGCAUUUCAUGACCCUAGUACGUGCAUUUUUGCACACAAUACUCGGCUGGUGGGCUGCCCUGCUAAAUUCAAAAUGCUAAUUCAGAGUGGGCAGCUCUGUCCUGUACACUGUGAAAUGGAUUUUUUACUUUAUAACUGUAGAGGUAAUGUGUAAAGCAGGGGAUGGCAAGGUUUACCUCGCCUGGGCCGGUUCACUCCAGCAGAGAUCCCUCUGUGGGCUUGAUUGCUCUUGUGCCUGCGAUUUCCGGCGUCUGUGCCGACGCAAUUUCCGGCACUGCAGAAGCAAGUCCCUGCACCACGCUGCGCCAGUUUAGCGUAGCGCACAGGAACUCGCCAAGCGGGCGGCUCAGUUCGGGGGCAGCUCGGGGGCCGGUUAAAGGACCCCCAUGGGCCACUUGUGGCCCAGGGGCCUUAGGUUGCCUAUCCCUGGUGUAAAGCAUAUGUAACGAGCUUUUGAAUCAAAGCAUACAGCGAUGUUGAGGAAUUUUUCUCACAAAGCUGCUCUUUAUUUCAUUUUUUAAUCAUUCCCCCUGUUUGCUACUGUUUGACAGAUGGGUAAAAUCUAAUAUUUCAAGGUUGCUUAUAAAGUGAUCAAGCAGAAACUAACCUGCCGUUGACCUUAUGAAGAAUGAGAGAGGGUUUCGCAACUGCUAGGUGUGCACUCCAGUCUCACUUCCUGCACUCUGUUCAAUCUAGAUUUGGAUGUCAAAAUGCUUUAGAAUAUGGGUGGCCAGCCCACUGUCUGACAGAUGUUGCUGGACGAAAUUAGAAGAACCUGGCUGGAUCAGAGCAAAAGUCUACUUGGUUCAGUAUCUUUUUUUCCAUUUAUUUUUUCCAUUUUCAUUUUCAAAAGCAGGAACAGAGAGCUUGCUUAAUCCCUCUCCCCUCCUGCUCGUCCCACUUACAACUUCAUACCAAAUACAGCAUGUAUACAUAUACCAUAUGACUUCCCUUCCACCCUUUUCCUGGUUCCUUUGCUUUUCUACUACUCUGCGUAAUCCACAUCUUUUUAAUCAUCCAAUUUGUUAUCUAUUAAAAACUCUUAUCUAUUUCAGCUCUGCUGGAUUUACUCCAGACCUGCUAAGCUACGUAUUUGUUUAUACUGGUUCUUAAAAUAUUCAAUAAACAUUACCCAUUCCUCCUUGAAUUCCUUAUCUUCGUUUUCUCUUAUCCUGUUCGUCAGACCAGCCAGUUCAGCAUAUUUGAACAUUUUACAUUUUACCAUACUUCUUAUCCACCUUUGUGCCAAUAUUGGGUUCUAGCUGCAGCCAUGGCAUAUAGUAAUAAACUCUUUUGUUUUUUGGGGACCUCUGUUAUGACCAUCGCCAAAAGGAAAAUCUCAGGUGUUUUGGGGGAAAUUAUUAUUAUUAUUUUAAAAUCAUUAUAUUUGUUGUUUAGUCAUUUAGUCGUGUCCGACUCUUCGUGACCCCAUGGACCAGAGCACGCCAGGCACUUCUGUCUUCCACUGCCUCCCGCAGUUUGGUCAAACUCAUGCUGGUAGCUUCGAGAACACUGUCCAACCAUCUCAUCCUCUGUCGUCCCCUUCUCCUUGUGCCCUCCAUCUUUCCCAACAUCAUGGUCUUUUCCAGGGAGUCUUCUCUUCUCAUGAGGUGGCCAAAUUAUAUUUAGUUUCCCAAAUUAUAUUUUUCCCAAAUAUAUAUUUAGUUUCCAAUAUUCCUUAAUUACUUUAUAGGACCACCACAUGUGGAAAAAUGAUCCCUCAUUUUCCUUAUACUUCCAACAUAAACCUUUUUCUUAUUUAGACAUUUUCGUCAGUCUGGUGGGUGUUAAAUACCAUCUGUAUCCUAGUCUCACAGUGACCAAGCAGAUGCUCAUGAAAAGCCCAGAAGAGUGAGCUGUGCUUGCCAUUUCUAGCAACUGGUUUUCAGAGGCACCAGAGGCACAAAACACCAGAGCUAGAAAAACAUACUCUUAUAGAUUUGGAGGGGGGGACCCCCUAAACCCUAGAAAUUAAUAAAUGGUAGGAUUGUGUUGAUUUGGCAUUUGAAGAGAGAAAUACAAGCUGCAGAGGAAUUCCUGGGCUAGCCUGUGCAAAAAUGACCUGGCCAAGCCUGGGCCAUUAAGAAGCAAUACAGGGCCAUUGAGGGCUAUUGGCAAUGUGAGAGAAAUGCUCUCCCCUUGCCCUGAGGCGUGAACAAAGAUUGGGGGGUUGGAAGGUUGCCUGGGUAAUUGGGUGUGAGGGGAUAGAAAGAGAGUCCUGAGCAAGGGUUGCUGGGGAGAAUGAAGGGAGGAAGAAAGAAUGGGAUCCAUCUUGGACAGGCUGGCUGAAGGCUGGCUGGGAGAAAUGCCUUAGAUUCCAGGGCUGCGCUGCUGUGGGGGACAAGCCACAGAGGACCAUGCUGUAAGAUCUGGACUCCCCUCAUGCAGACUGAUGGUGUACAUAGGUGAAUAAGCCAUAUUUCUUAAAGCUACAACAGUCUUUGCCAGGUCUCAAUUCUCCAAAGGAACACAGACCCUGAGUGAGUGCCUGGAAACCCAUUGCUUGGCAGAGAGAGAGGGAAGGCAACCCAACUUUUGUAACAAUACUCACUGUGGCUAGAAGCCAUUGAUAGCUUUAUCAACCACAGAUUUGUCUAAUUCUCCUUCAAAGCCAUCCAAGUUGGUGGCCACCACUUCAUGUUGUAGGAACCAAUUCCACCAUUUAACUAAGGGCUGUAUGAAGAAGCACUGACUUUUGUCUGCCCUGAAUCUUUCAACAUUCAAGUUCCUUGGACAGCUCUGGGUCCUAAUCCUAUGAGAGAAUGAGGAAAAUGUCUCUAUGUCCACUUUUCCUGCACUAUGCAUAAUUUUAUGCACCAGUAUUACUUACUGUGAAGGGAUGCGGGUGGCGCUGUGGGUUAAAUCACAGAGCCUAGGACUUGCCGAUCAGAAGGUCGGCAGUUCGAAUCCCCGCAAUGGGGUGAGCUCCCGUUGCUCGGUCCCUGCUCCUGCCAACCUAGCAGUUCGAAAGCACGUCAAACUGCAAGUAGAUAAAUAGGUACCGCUCUGGCGGGAAGGUAAACGGCGUUUCCGUGCGCUGCUCUGGUUUGCCAGAAGUGGCUCAGUCAUGCUGGCCACAUGACCCGGAAGCUGUACGCUGGCUCCCUUGGCCAAUAAAACGAGAUGAGCGCCGCAACCCCAGAGUCGGCCACGACUGGACCUAACGGUCAGGGAUCCCUUUACCUUUAUUACUUACUGUAGUUUUAAACUACAACUCCCAUAAUCCCCAAUGAUGGGCCAUGUUCACUUGGGCUGAUGGGGGUUGGAGUCCAACAAAUCUACACAGACAGAACCGAAGCAGACUGAUGCGGCAUUAAAUGGGUACAGCAAAGCUUAUAAUUGUGCCUUCCUUUCCCCUUCUUUGCAGAUCUUUGGCUGCUGGGUCUGGAUCCUCGUAGCAGCUACCAAUGUGUACUUCCCUUUGCUGCAGGGAUGGGUCAUGUAUGUCUCUCUCACUUCCUUUCUCAUCUCGCUGAUGCUUCUAAUGUCCUACCUGUUUGGCUUCCACAAAAACUUCGCCUCCUGGAGAAUCCUGGUAAGAGGUGGGACACACACAGAGUUUAUGCCAUGUACAGGAUGCAAAUUUAGAAAACACAUUGCUAUUUAUUAAUUGAAUUUAUACACCGCCCUAUACCUGGGGGUCUCAGGGCGGUUCACAGAAUAAAAUCAAGAUAUAAAACCACAAAAUACAUAAUAAAAAUAAAAACAACAACCCAAUAGCCCUCCCCCAAACCCCACAUUUUAAAAGGGCAAAGGAUGUAAAUCAGAUCAACCAAAGGCCUGGUUAAAAAGGAAUGUUUUUGCCUGGUGCCUAAAGGUGUAUAAUGAAGGCGAACUUCCCUGGGGAGAGUAUUCCACAGAUGGGGAGCCACUGCAGAGAAGCCUAUUCUCGUGUUGCCACCCUCUGGAACUUGCUACAGUGGUACCUCGGGUUACAGAUGCUUCAGGUUACAGACGCUUCAGGUUACAGACUCCAAUAACCCAGAAAUAGUACCUCGGGUUAAGAACUUCGCUUCAUGAUGAGAACAGAAAUCGCACGAUGGCGGUGCGGUGGCAGCGGGAGGCCCCAUUAGCUAAAGUGGUACCCCAGGUUAAGAACAGUUUCAGGUUAAGAAUGGACCUCUGGAACAAAUUAAGUUCUUAACCCGAGGUGCCACUGUUAUUAUUUUGCAGCUUGUUUUAGCUGUUGUAAUGCACUAUGUGAUUUUUAAUUGCAUUUUUAAAAAUUUAUUAUUUGAUUUCUUACAGAUAGUAUUUCACGGCAUUGCAAUUUAGCAAAUAAGUAAUGCAGUGAAAUACAAUGUAAAGAAAUGAGAGCAACAGUAAAACUACAAUUAGAAAUCAAUAUGAAUGCCUUAAUGAGACGGGUGUGCUGUCUCCCAUCUCCAACCACAAACCCACAGGCAUGCCCUAAACCAGGGGUCGGCAAGGCUUACUGGGCAUGGGCCAGAUCACUCCCGCAGAGAUCCUCCGUGGGUCGGACUGGCGCAACGCGAAGCCGGAAAUCGCGUCUGCGAAUAUCCACCGCUUUGGAAAUCGCUUCUGUGCCUGCCCAGACGCCGGAAAUCGCACCUGUGCAGAAGUGAUUUUUGGCGUCUGGGCAUGCGCAGAAGUGAUUUCUGGAGCCGCUUCCAGCCCAUGGGUCUUAGGUUGCCGACCUCUGCCCUAAUCCACCAGAAGGAAACUCAUGGGCCACUGGUGGUCCAAGGACCAGAGUUUGGAACCCCUGACCUAGGCAAACCAUCAGCAUCCAGCAUAGCUCUCAGGGCUGACCCAAGUCAAUUUGGCAGCUGAGGCAAACCACAAAAUAGUGCCCCCUCCUUGACAGGGAAGAAGGGGGGUGGGUGAAGAUCUACAGCAAGAACAAGGCCAGAAUAAAGAUCUACAACCGGGAUCUGCUGCCCCUUUGGAUCCUUUGAUCUGAGGCAGUCACCUCACCUUGCCUCAUGGUAUUUUUCUAGAAAAAGAGGUGCUGGAACUCACCAUGAACACCUCCCUCAUUCUCUUAGAAUGGCAAUGGCACCCACCUGAGAAGUGCUGGAACUGAGUUCCAGAGAGUUCCGGAUGGAAAAAAAAAAGCCCUGCCUGGCCCUGAUGGUUCCUUCACCCUCUCCUCAUGACAAAUAACAUAUCUUCUAAACCUGCACAAUGUACAUAACAUAGACUGCAGAACUGAACUUUUCACUUUUUAAAAGGCCCUGAUCUGGACAUGAACCUGUUGCUCUUCUUCUGCUUUUUAGGAUAGCCUUUAUCAUGGAGCUACUGGCAUCCUCUACAUGAGUGCUGCGGUCCUGCAGGCCAAUGCAACCAUCCGCUCGGAGACAGAAGUGCCCCCAGAGUCUUCGCCCCUCUACUAUCAGCUCAAUGCUGCUGCUACGGUGAGAUAACUCUUAUGUGCUCCACCAGCUGAAUUUGGUUUGGUAUGUUUGUGAAUGUGGGGUCAAGGGGAGGCCAAGUUCAAGUCACCCUGCUUCUGCUACGGACUCACCAUGUUGUUGUUGUUUAGUCGUGUCCGACUCUUCGUGACCCCAUGGACCAGAGCACGCCAGGCAUUCCUGUCUUCCACUGCCUCCUGCAGUUUGGUCAAACUCACGCUGGUAGCUUCGAGAACACUGUCCAACCAUCUCGUCCUCUGUUGUCCCCUUAUCCUUGUGCCCUCAAUCUUUCCCAGCAUCAGGGUCUUUUCCAGGGAGUCUUCUCUUCGCAUGAGGUGGCCAAAGUAUUGGAGCCUCAGCUUCACGAUCUGUCCUUCCAGUGAGCCCUCAGGAUAGGUUUGAUCUUCUUGCAGUCCAUGGGACUCUCAAGAGUGUCCUCCAGCACCAUAAUUCAAAAGCAUAAAUUCUUCGGCGAUCAGCCUUCUUGCUGCGCGUUAAUAUCUCUUAGCCCAGGUGUGGGGAACCUUCAGAUGUUGCUGAACGACAACUCCCACCAUCCCUGGCCAGUGGCCAUGCAUUGUUGGGGCUGAUGCAACCUGUAACUCAGUAACACCCAGAGGGCCAAAGGUUCCCCACACCUGUCUUAGCCUUGGUGAAACCCAUCUGUAAAAUGGGUGCAAUAGUUCAUGGGAUCACCAUGACGCUUAUUGACAGGCUGAAAAAUAUUUUGCCAACUAAAAGGGCGUAUCUUUCAACCAGCAAUAAACCCCAUCCAAUUGGGCUUCUGUUGAUUAUAUACCCAGUGAAUCAUUUGAUUUUGAUCUCCUAUUUUGUUAAUAUAAUGACCACCAUAUUUUACCUUAUUUCGGCACUUUCAAAGGCAGAGAUGUCACUGAUUGCUUCUUUGUCCAAAUAUGCUUUGAUGUGCAACCUGUGAUCUUUUGCACUGAACGAAGUCAAUUUAUCUGCCAGGAUAAUCCUGAAUCACGACAUAAAGAAUAUGGCAGGUGGCAGGUGGACUUUAUCCAUGCCUUUUAUUAGCAGUAACUUGGAACCUAAGUGUCCUAAGUGUCCUUUCCAUGAAGGAAAGGACUGCUUCCAUGUGUGUAAGGACUUCUGAUUCAGUGAAGCAGUGUGUGCAAUUUUUGCUGUAUGUCCUCUACAACCUCCCAGGUCACCCCUCAUCCUGUCCUGCAAGUUCUUCCAACCAGCAGUGGCUGAUGUCCAUUGGAGCUGGUAGGGCAGAAUGUAGGGAGCCCAGACAAUAGAUGGAACCAGUCAAAGACAAGCAGAGCCAACUAAUUCUGGUUUUGUCUCCAUCCUCCUCCCUGCUGAGUUCUGCCAGGGGCAACAUUGAGUCUAAGGAGCAGGAAGCUGACAGAAACUGCCACUCUUGGACUGGCUGUAAGAAGGUCAGGGCUGGCUGGGAACAGAACUGAGUUUGGUAGGGCAGGACCUCAUUCACGUUUUGUGGGGGAGAACUGUAAAUUUUAAGUUGAAACCUGGCAGAAGAAUGUGAUGACAUUCGUAUGUAAUGCUAAACCACGAUUUAGUGCUAGGAGAAUGAGCCCAUGCAAGUCUUGAACUUGUGCACUCCUCCCUCUUGCACACCCAUGAGGAAGGGUUCAGAAGCUCCCGCUUCCAUUGUCGACUAACCCCAGGUUAUCAUGACAUCCAAAGCCAGUAAAACUAUGGUUAGUCUUAACUAUGAUUGGCUAAAGCAAGGCAUAUUCAAACCAUGGUUUAUGAAGCGGUAGUUUUACUAAACCACAGUUGUGAUUAAACGCAGUUUAUACUGUUGUUAGUCACAAAUGGAGGCGGGAGCUCCUGGUUUUUUGCACUAGAAGAGGGAAGGGAGAAAUGUGCUAGCCCAAGCCUCUCACAGGCUCAUCUGUAAUGUUAAACAGUGGUUUAGCAAAUUGAGGAAAUGUAGCCUAUUUGUAUACUCCAAAGACUCUUUGAUUUUCUUUGUAUGAAAAACUUAGUACAAUAAAUCUCAGUGAGUCUUGAUGAUACACACAGGAAUUCAGGGGGAAGUUUAUACCACUCAAGAUUUAAAGGGCAAAUUGUUGGUGCCUUGCUGUUUAUGCCUCAUCACAUUAGAAUAGAUUACAUCCAUUUCCCACUGAUUAGCUCAAUUAAUAAAAUGCAGUGUUCAUCUGAUAGGUUGUUUUUGUUCAUUGUCAUAAUUUGCUAAUCUAAUUCUAAUCAGGUAGCGCAUGACACACUUUGGUGGGUAAACAUUUGUUAGCUGCACCUACUUAGUUGUUCCCAUGAAAUUAUGAUGACAAGGGGCUCCAGAGUCACAGCCCUUCAUUGCCACUGGCAUCUAAGCAUUUGCCUUGGAGCAAUCAGGGCUGACUGUCAGUGUCUCUUUCAUUUUCCUGGGAUGUGACAUCCGUAACCGUUUGGAUUUGAGGUAGGAAAGGGCCAUAGCUCCAAUAUAUGAGUGUGUGUUUUGCAUGCAAAAGCUCCUGGGCUCAAUCCUCAGCGUCUCCGGAGAAAGCUGGGAAAGACUCCAGGUAUUUUGAAACCCUAGGGAGCUGCUGCCAGUCAGUGGAGGCAAUACUAACCUAAAUGGACCAAUGGUCUAACUCAAUAUAAGGCAGCGAAGUUCUUAUGCGGUGAGGUGAAGGCAGAUUGGAAUGUGGUGAGAGAAAGAGAAACAACUUGAAGUUUUGAUUUGGUGAAGUGCUGCAAGUUGCUUUGCCCUUCAGAGUGUACGUUCUUACCCAAACUAUGUGGCAGCAGAGUCCGAUUUGCUACCGAUGAGACAAGGGCUGGAGAACUGCAGGCAAUUUGGGGAGUGUUAAGUUGUGGGUGAACAUAUCAGACGACACAGCGAUUCUUCAAACAGCUCUUGUUUAUUCACAGGCCAGGACAGAAAUUGAGCUGAAGGGUUCAGCCAACCUGCUUAUAUAGAGCUCCAGUACAACGUAACUGUAACAACUUUCUGUAACUAUCCAAUCACUGAACGUCACUUUCAAUUCCUUAUUUGCAUAUGUGGACCUGAGUAAAAACUAUCUACAGUAUCCCCCUGCUGGCUCAGGGUGAGAACUUCAGUACAUAACAGGGAGCAUGCAGUUUGUAAAUAAGAAGGGAAGGGAUUCCUGGUGUUAUGUACUGAGUUGAAUAGGAUCCAAAAUGCAGCAGCCUGAUUGGUCUUAGAACAAUAGGAUUCAGAAUGCAGCAGCCUGAUUGGUCCUAGAACAAUAGGCUCCAGAAUGCAGCAGUCUGAUUGGUCCACAGGAGCCACCCAAUCCAGCUCCAGGUGGAAGUGAAUCCGCAACCUGAUUGGUCUACAGGAGAAUCCCGGAAUUAGCCUAUCACGUGGGGCCCAUUGUGUAAAUAAUGUAUAUAAAGCAGACAUUCUGGGGGAACUUCCAUUCCUCCUCACCACUAUGAGCUGAAUAAAGAGCAUGAAAUCCACACUCGACUCCGAGUAUAUUUCACCUGGCCUGGUUGCCAUGCCAAUGAGGACAUGCCUUCUGAGUCCAAGAUGCCCUGUGGGGUUUUUUGGAGGACCAGUUAGAGCUGGGGGACUUGUGUGUUUGAUCAUGGCGAAGACAUGAUGCCUCACCAGGGCACUCUUCAGUCCUUGACUUGAGACCUUAAUCAUUUCGAUCUGCAGAUGUGGCACUUUUACAAGUGCCACAAAAUGUCUGUUCUUCCCCAGUGAAGAACUGAUCUUUCAUUGUGGUUUCACCUACACUCUAGGACUCCUUGCUCACUGAUAUGAGUCAGGCGCUGUAUUAUUUCAGGCACUUGCUAAAAUCCAUUUUGUUUAAGUAAGCUGACCUGUAUAUGUAAAACUGAUGUGCCUUUUAAUAGGUAAUUUUCUUUCUUUUUCAUAAUGUGCAUUUUUAAACUACUGAUUUUAUUCAUAUUUUGAAUCGUUUUUAGGUCACCUUGCCCUUGGCUCCUGUCUUUCACAGAUAAUCUUAGUGUGUAUCUUAUGCUUUAUGUAAACCGGUUAGAGGUUUUGGCAAUCAAGUGGUGUGCUCCAAAUUUCAUUAAUUAAAUAGAUAAGGUGAAUCUAGCCCACAUGUCAGGCUGCACCAGCCUCUCCCAGCGCAGGGAGUCAAAGGUGAUGCUUUUGGAUUAGCACUGCCUGUCUGACUACUCCCUUUCCAUCUACUUUAUAUAAGAGAGAUAAACUAUUAGAAAAGCAACAAAAGCUUCCAAUAUCCUCUCCUCAGAAGAAAAUGACCCAGGGAAGCUGGGAGAGCAAAAACAUGUUCCUAUUACUCUAAUCACCUCUCUUCUCCCUCCCUUUUUCUCUUUUUCAGUUCUUUGCAUUCAUCACCACGCUGCUGUAUAUUCUUCAUGCCUUCAGCAACUACUACCAGUGAAAACUGCCGGGGACGUAUAUAACAUAAGGCCUAAUUUUCCCUCCAUGGAAUCCGUGUCCCAAAACAAAUUCACAUUUGCGUAAGGACAGAGCCCAGUUGAAAUUGUGGCCAUUCAUCACCUAGCGGCACCUUCUCAUUUUAGGUGAAAGAGAUAUUGGGUUUUAUUUCAACCUGCCAUUUCACUCAAGCUGUGUUGUGUAAGAAACUGCAGUAGAAAUAUUACCACCCAAUCCUUGAUAAUCACAGUUAUCCAGAGUCAUGGUCUGUUCCCCUAGAGUUGUGCCUUGGAAGACCUGUGUAAAUAAUACACCCAUUUUUCUAAAUCAGUGUGUGUUUGUGGGGGGUUCUUCUUCAAAGUACUUGUACCAUUUCCAAACCAACUCCUCUGCUGAUGAAGCCGGGUAUAUCUGCUCUGGAACUCUAGCACGUUGCAGAGGAUUCUGGGAUAUUUUCUAGGUGAGCACAGAUAAUAAGAGGCACUGGCCAAGUCUGUGGAGCCCCACCAUUGCUCAGCUUAAACUCAGAAAUGUGCUCUCAAAUGUGUCUCACAAUCUCCCGCCUCUGCGUGUCACAGGAAACAUGGGCGGCAGCGGGCAAACUGUCUUUCAGGGAAGCUUGUCUAUGACUAUAUUUUUCUGACUACGUUCCUUUGAGAAACUUCCAGACAAUUCCAGAGCUUCCCCGAAGAACAGUUUGAAAACUAUUCCCUCAGGCCAUUUGGAUAAAACCAUGUUUGGCCUGACAGUGACCGUCACAAACAAAUGAAUACCGUUGUCCAGAUGACCAUUAAGAAAGAUUCAUGUGUUACUUUCUGAUGCUGUAGUAUUGUCACAUGGUAUUUUUACCUCAUCAAAUGCGUGUGGGACGUAUAUUUUGAAAAUGUUCCUGCAAGUGGUAAAAGAUUGUAUUUACUCCAGGGGAUGAAUAAAUAUAAAUUCUGGCUUGUCAUCCUGUCACAAUGAUAUUACUGGGUCAAAGAGCAACGUGUGAAUUGCCCUUUCAGUACUACUGAUAUAUGCUAAAGGUUUUUCUGUCCUUUGUUAUUACAGAGAAUGUUUGUUUUUAUGGGGAAACAUGAAGUAACUUAUUGGUAAAUCUGUGUGGGUUUUUUUUAAAAAUAGUUUUGUUCUCCAUUUUAUAUUGCUAUUUUAGUGAACUAUCUUUUGCUAGGAUAAUAUGGCUGACUGUUCUCUCUGAUUGGCUCACGUAUGUCUCUUUUGCUGUGCUGUAAAAUAAAUCUCACUGGAGAUCUGCCUCCCACUAUAUCUGCGUUCCUGUGUAUGUAGAUGUAGAUGCAGAAGAUGUAAUUGAGGACAUGUUUUUGCCAUGAAGUCUAAACUGCCACAGAAGAACAGGUUGUAGGCUUGUGGGGACCAUUAGGGGGCCAGAGCUUUCUAAGGAUCCAUCUAGACCAUUACAUAUUUCCAAACAUAACUACCGUACUGUAAGCCAUGGGUCACUCCCAGAAAAGGGGAAGAAAUUCAGUUUUGUUUGCAUUUUAAUGAGAAACUACCUGAUUUGCAAGCUCUUCAGUAAAUACAAGAACCAAAACACAGCUAUCCAUCUGAAUUGGCACCUCUCUGAAUUUUGCGAUACAGCCGCACAACCAGAAGAUGUGUACAGAAAUCCAUGUAUUAGGGGAAAGUGUGCAUAAAACUUCAUAAAUUAGUGAAAGUAACACACACAAAUACAUUAUGUUAGGGAAACCCACUUGCAAAAAUGUGUAUAUUAGUCAAAACUGCAUACAAAAACGGUUUGUUUGUUUUUUAAGGAGAAAGUCACGCUAAAAUGCUGGUGGAUUUAUGAGGAUUUUUUUUUUUUUUAAACCAACACUUGUGAAUUUCUGCUUAAAUGUGAAGAACUGAAUUCAAGAUUUGGAAAAAUGAAAAACUGACAGAAACCUAAUUGACAUAUUUGUCCGUUCCCCAUCUCUGCUGGUGGUAUCAGCCUGCUUCUCGAUAAAGGAGAACAAUG